AUAAGAAAAAGAAAUGGGAACCACCACUUCUAACUCAUAUUUAUAAAAAAAAGAGAGAGAGAGACCUUUACGCAACGUCUAAAUUACCUGCCGGAGAGUUUGUUCAAAAUCAAGAAAGAUUAAAACCACAAGAAGAAAAAGCACAAGAAGAAAAAACCCGGGUGGAUUUACGUGGUUCCUCAAUGGGUGUGGAAUCUCUGGAAAAUAUCACUGACGAUAAUCGUGCAAUAGUUUCUUCAACGAGACCAGAAUAUUAUGUCAGCAUCUUAUCAUUUGUAGAUGUUCAAUUUUGCUAUAUUUGUGGUGGUGUACUUCAAGAUGAUACUGAUCCAAUGGUUAGUGUUAUGAAACUUGAGAAAGCACCUACAGAAUUACAUGCAGAUAUUGGUGUUUUGGAACAACAAAUUCAAGGAAUCAAAGAAUCGUAG